UAAAUAUCGAUAUAUACCGACGUGACAAUCACACCCAUCACUAAACCACCCAUGGAGGGCGCACGGGUCACUUUUGUGCUCCUCGUAGCGUUAUAUGCAGCACAAGGCCAGUACUAUGCUUCACCAUACUCCUCGCCGUUUGCGCUCGCGCCGCCCUCGUACUUCGCCCCGCCACUGGCACCCCCGUGCCCCUGCGGCGCGCCCCUCGCCUUAGCUCCGCCGCCGCCGCCCAUCUACGUGUCGCUACCUCCCCCGCCGCCUAUAUACAUCACCCCGCCCGCUCUGCCGCCCAUGAUGGUGGAGGUGCCGCUGCCGCCGCCGAUCACGAUUUCCCCGCCGGCGCUGCCGCCCAUGUGCAUAACCCCCCCGCCGCCGCCCCCCAUAACGGUGACCCCGCCGCCCUCGCCACCCCUGUGCGUGACCCCGCCCCCGCUGCCGCCGAUCACGGUGACCCCGCCCUGCCCGCCGCCCAUGUACGUCAACGCACCGCUCCCGCCCCCCAUCUUCCUGGAGCUGCCGCCCCCGCCACCCAUCAUGAUCGAGCUGCCUCCGAUCAUGGUGCAGCCGCCGGCGCUGCCGCCGAUCACGAUCCAGCCGCCCGCGCUGCCGCCCAUCCCGGUGCAGCCGCCGGCGUCGCCGCCGAUCACGAUCCAGCCGCCCGCUCCGCCGCCGAUGUACAUCCAGCCGCCGGCUCCGUGCCCGAUCACGGUGCAGCCGCCGUGCGGGGAGCCGCUGGUGGUGCAGCCGCCGGCGCCGUGCCCCAUCACGGUGCAGCCGCCGCCGUUGCCGCCGGUGCUGGUGCAGCCGCCCGCGCUGCCGCCGCUAUGCGUGCAGCCGCCGCCGCUGGAGCCGUUCUGCCUGCAGCCGCCGCCGCCGCCGCCCAUCUGCUUCGCGCCCGGCGCGCCCUGCGACUGCGGCUGCCGCUUCCCGCCCACGGCGCUCGCGUCGCCCAUUUAUUUAUAAGUUCGUUUAAAGUUAAGAGUUAUUUAUGU